GAUGGACGCAGAAUGCGGGAUAGCUGGGAGAAGGAAGGCCGCCAUUGUCAAAUGUCGAGCCUAGUGGAACCGAAUCACCAAAGGGUCACCCGGUAGACCGUGUGGCUGCGCUGCCUCUCCAAUGAACGUUACGAACUUGAGGGAUCGCAACAAUGGAGGCAGCAAACAAAGCAGCGGGAUCAGGAUCUUUUGCGGCGCGGACAUAGACGAUGGCUUUGCUGCGCCGCUGCCCGUGAAAUCCGGGGUCAAAGGACCGUACUGUCGGAUCCCGCCUGUCGUUUCGUUGUGGCGUCGCUCCGCCAAUGAUGUUUCUCAUGAGCGAGCCCUGGCGGCAGCGCCGGAGAAGCCACUCCCCUCUCCGGGGUUCUGUGUACGUAUGUACACAGUAUGCUUCUCAGUAGGCGCUUCGAACCUCAUUCUAAUAAAAGGAUGCAUGUCGAGAAUGUACUAUUGUAGAGGAUACAUGUGGCUGACGGUACAGCGUUCCCACGGUAAGAUGUCAAGAAAGGACUUCUGCUUACGAUGGAGAUUCCAACAUGAUCUGGCAUGCGAUCGGAGCGGUCCAGCCAACCACCGAACCCCUUCCCUUCGAGCUAAGGCAGGUUUUCCGCGGUUUUGGUCAAGGCCAAGCACGCUACGAAUGCGACCAAACAGGAGCCAUGAAAAAGAUCGUGUAAGGAUCGUGUGCUCCCGGCUACUCGGGGCUGAGAAGACUGAGUGAGGGCAGGCGAGACAUGCCCAGUUAUUAGUCCAGUCUAAGUGGUGUGGGUAUAUUGUAGCCCAAGCUCCACGACUACCAACCGACUUGAAGCAUUGGCUUGUUGAACAUGCUGGGGCGAUGAUGGACAUGGAAGGAGCUGGGAAGGCGUACGAUGCAUCAGGUUAGCCGAGACAAGCCAGUGGUCGACCCUCAGCAUCACG